AUGUCAUGUGGUACACAUUUCAAAUUUGAGGUUAAAUUCAAAGAAAUGUCUUCGGAUUAUUUGAAAGUUGUGCUUUUGAAACAAGGGGCGCAGGUUCGUGACGGAAAUAAAUACCGAUUAACACCUUUUGGGGUUACAAACGGUGAAAUUAUUUCUGCGCCCAUUGAGAGUGCACAAAAAUUGACUGAUCACCAAGACGUCAAAACUGUGUACAGAGUGGUGUUUAAUUCGGCGAAUAUAAAUCAUGCAUUCGUACCAGGUGAUACCAUAGGUGUGCUUCCGAGUAAUAAUGAAGAUCUUAUCGACGAAAUUCUUGCACGAUUAAAUGUUGCAUCAAGUGCGAAUGAGGCCUGCGAGUUGCAAAUUUUGGAAGGGACACUUAAAAAAAAUCCAAGUGUUCCUAAACAUUUGCCUCCGAAGAGUACUCUGAAAAAAAUAUUUCAGAAUCAUGUAGAUGUGCAAACUCCACCCAAAAAGUUGUUCCUCAAAUCCUUGGCCCGGUUCACCCAAGACCCGCAAGAACGAACCCACCUGGAACACUUGUGUACCCCCAAAGGUUCCAGCGACUACACAAAGUUGAUAACCACAUCAGGACGAACCCUAUUGGGUUUACUAAAAACGUUCCCUUCAUGCGGACCCCCAGUCGAGGUACUUCUGGAGCAUCUGCCCCCUUUACAAGCCAGACCCUACUCUAUAUCAUCAUCCCCCUUGUCCGGGAAACUCGAAAUAACUUUUUUCGUUGUUGUACGGGACGACGGAAGCAAGGGGUUGUGCACAGGGUGGCUCGAACGUCUAAUCGAGGAAAAAGCGGACAUUCCGGUACCGUUUUAUUUCAGACAAGCGACUGCCUUUAGGUUCCCGAAGGAAUUACCGGAAUUGCCGGUGAUUUUAAUAGCGACGGGUACCGGAAUAGCACCUUUUAGGGGUUUUCUGCAAGAUUUGGAGUUACAAGGACGCUUCAAUAGGGAUAUUUGGUUGUUUUAUGGGUGUCGCUACAAAGACAAAGAUUUUUUGUUUAAGGACGAAAUCCAAGAAUUUGAAAAAUCUGGCGUUUUAAAAAAACUCAGUCUGUCUUUUUCUAGAGAACAAAGACAGAAAGAGUAUGUUCAACACCGAAUUGAGGCUAGUCCCGACUUUUUCGAGUGGAUUUUACACAAAGACGCGUCUGUGUUUAUUUGUGGCGACGCGAAAACCGUGGUCACAGACGUCCGGACUUGUAUUUCUCAAACCGCGGGUAAAUAUUGUGGUGCGAGCGACGGCGAGGCCGUCGUUCGACGAAUGGAAAGCACAGGGAGACUCAUAGUGGACACGUGGUCGUAACGUCCACGAUAUUAUAAACGUAUUUAAUGUCACAAUAUGUACAUAAACAGUUACAAUAAUCUUAUUGCAAUAUUUUAGUGACUGUAAAAUUCCUUCUGGAACUAGAAAAAUAUCUUACUGUAAGACUUUAUAAAAAUAAAUGGGAAUUUGUGUAAUUACAAA